AUGUCAGCGGACUUCCGGGCAUCAAUCGGUAUCGCUGGUCAUAUUCGAACCAACUGCAGCACCCCGACGAAACCAGCCGGUGCCUCACCGUCCUCGCCCCCCACAUCGACAAUCAACCCAAACCUCGCUUAUGAUCUCCCACUCUCAUCCUCCACAGCCUCAACAUCUGCUGCGGCGGCUCCUGUCCCCAACACCAGAGUACACAGCAUUGACGCACCGACAAACCGUCCCUCCACCAUCUCCGACGCCGCCAUCGCCACAGCCAAAGGAACCGCUCCUCUUCUCAGCGCCGACGGAAUCACCCUACUCAAUGAGAAGACGCAAAUUCUGAGCGAUGGGCUGAACACUUCAUAG